AUGCAAUGUCACGUGAUCGCUAUCCGUAGCUACGUUAAUAAAGAUAAACAGUCACAGGUUGGGAUCACACAAUCUUUAAAUCCCGACGAACUGGAGAAGAAAAUCAAGAAACACAUAGCGGAGAUCGAACAAGAAUUACAGCAGCUGAACGCUAAACGUAAACAGUGGCACCAAGUGCGAAUAGUGACGCUGGGAGUCAUCACCAUUGCAGUGCUGUUGGUGGCAUUUUACAUGAGAGGUAAGAAGCUGGAGGUAUCCAUCAAUCUGCCAGCAGGUGGUGCUAAUAACUACAUGGUGGUCCACCCCGAAAAGACGGGCAUCAACUUCAGUCAUGUCAAAGGAAUUGAUGAAGUUAAAGAAGAGCUGGAGACUGUGGUCAAAUUUUUAAAAGAUCCGAAAAAAUAUUCCAGCAUGGGAGCCAAGAUUCCUAAAGGUGUGCUGAUGGUGGGACCCCCUGGUUGUGGGAAGACAUUUCUUGCUAAGGCCACCGCAGGUGAGGCGGGUGUGAGCUUUUUCUACGCUGCCGGCUCCAGUUUUGAUGAGAUGUAUGUGGGAGUUGGUGCUAAACGCAUAAGAGAUCUGUUUGAUGCAGCUAAGGCCAAUGCCCCCUGCAUUAUAUUCAUUGAUGAAAUAGACAGUGUAGGGGUCAAAAGGUCACAGAGUAACAGCUUCGCCUACCAGACUCUACAUCAGCUGCUAAAUGAACUGGAUGGAUUUAACAAUGAGACAGGUGUGAUAGUGAUAGCUGCCACAAAUAGACCCAACUUCUUGGAUGA